AUGCGCGCAGAUAAGCUUCAAGACUCGGAUGUUUUUUUUCGCACCAUAAGUGAUAGUGAAGAUGAUAUCCCCAACCUAGAAAGUUCAGAUGAUGAGGUUGAAAUCAAAAAAACGGCCUCAUUGAAGAAGUCCAAGAAUAAAAAAAAAAACUCCUCAUCAAAAGAUGCUGAAGAAGAUGUGCAUGUGGACUUGAAUCCAGAUUUUCAGUUUAGUUUAGAGGGAUUCGAACUUUCAAACAACUUCGACGGAUGGGAUUUCAAGGGCGAUGAGAAGGAAGCGAAUGCCUUACCAAAAGAUGUUGACUUGGAUGGAAUCAUAAAAAGAAAAGGUGGUCUGAUCAAAGUCGCUGGUACAGACGCAGAUGAAGAUCAGAUUGAAAAUGGCGAAUCAGAGGAUGAGUUAGCUAUGGAUGGUUUCGGAAUGGGCGCUGCUGAAGGUAACGGCCCAGAAGAAGACAGCGACGAUGACGGUGUGGAAAGUGAUGAUCCAGAACAAAACUCUUUGGAAGAAUCAUCGGAAGAUGAUGAAAAUGCAACUAAGGAAGAUGAAGAUUCACCCGAAGCUAUUGCAGAUUACUAUGCUCCCGAAGAAGAAAGUCAAGAGGCUACCAAGGCAGUUCAUACAUCCUUCAAUUCGUUGGGAUUGUCACGUCCUGUUUUGAAGGGUUUGGGCGCUUUGGGUUAUGUGAAGCCCUCCCCAAUUCAAAGCGCUACCAUUCCGAUAGCACUGUUAGGAAAAGAUAUCAUUGCUGGUGCUGUUACCGGUUCUGGUAAAACAGCAGCUUACAUGAUUCCAAUCAUUGAGCGUCUUUUAUACAAGCCUGCCCAGGUUGCCUCUACUAGAGUCAUCGUAUUGGCUCCUACACGUGAAUUAGCCAUUCAGGUUUCGGAUGUUGGAAACAAGCUCGGAAGAUUUGUCAACGGCCUCAGUUUCGGUUUAGCAGUCGGGGGUUUGAAUCUUAGACAGCAAGAGCAAAUUUUAAGGUCAAGGCCAGAUAUUGUCAUUGCCACCCCAGGGCGGUUGAUCGAUCAUAUCCGGAAUUCUGCCAGUUUUAGUGUUGAAUCCGUUGAAGUUUUGGUAAUUGAUGAAGCUGACAGAAUGCUGGAGGAGGGAUUUCAAGAUGAACUUAAUGAGAUUAUGUCAUUGAUUCCCAGCAAGAGGCAAACUUUGUUGUUUUCGGCGACGAUGAAUGCAAAAAUCAAACAGCUUAUCUCAUUGUCUUUGAAGAAGCCCGUAAAAAUUAUGAUAGAUCCUCCGAAACAAGCCGCCGCUAAACUGACUCAAGAAUUUGUCCGUAUCCGUAAGAGAGAAGAAUUGAAGCCUUCCUUAUUAUUCCACCUUAUCAAGAAGUUGGAUGGCCAAGCUCGUAAGAGGAUGGUUGUUUUCGUUUCUAGAAAGGAAAUGGCCCAUAAGCUAAGAAUUAUUUUAGGUUUACUGGGCAUGAAGGUCGCUGAACUACAUGGUUCCUUAACUCAGGAUCAACGUUUGAAAUCCGUCAGCGAUUUUAAAUCUUUGCACGUCCCUGUGCUAAUCUGUACAGAUCUAGCAUCUAGAGGUCUGGACAUUCCGAAAAUUGAAGUGGUAAUAAAUUAUGACAUGCCUAAAUCUUAUGAAAUCUAUUUGCACAGAGUCGGUCGUACUGCAAGAGCUGGUAGAGAAGGUCGCUCUGUUUCUUUCGUUGGAGAAAAAGCGCAAGAAAGAAGCAUUGUCAAGAGUGCAAUUAAGUCAGUAGAGGAAAAUAGAAAGAGUGGUUCCGCUGUUGGAAGAACUGUUGAUUGGUCAAGAGUUGAGGAAAUCAACAAGAUUGUUGAAUCCAAAGAAGAAGUAAUUGCAGAAAUUAUUGAGGAAGAGAAAGAAGAGAAAGAUAUUCUCAGGGCAGAAAUGGAACUACGCAAAGGUGAAAAUCUUCUAAAACAUAAGACAGAAAUUCAAUCCAGACCAAGAAGAACGUGGUUUCAAUCAGAGGCAGAAAAGAAAAAUUCCAGAGUUUUACAAGCACUUUCGAAUAGUAAGAAGGACGUGAAUAGUAAGAAGAGAAAACGGAUGGAGGCAUCCGAAGACCGCUCUCGCUCUUAUAAGAAAACUCAGUAUGACAGAGCCACUGACCAGCAGAGAACGUAUAAGAAACAGAAAGCCAAGAGGGAGCUGAAGAAGAAGAAGAAAGGUAUGAGAUAG